GAUUCCCCCGUGAAGAAGGUACCAAAGCUACUCGUGUUAUGGCUAGGAAAUUUAUGAUACACAUAUGCCGUUCCUCGCAGCCCAUCAUUCCCACACGGUCGCGGAGGUCGAAUUUGUUCAGCAGUAGUUCCAGCGAUGCGCCAAGCAACGCAACUACCAGGGAUGGAGACCUUUCUAAGCCACCACUGAGGCCCAGGAGAAUGAGUGGCUGGGCCGAUGAGAGCUCCUCUGGAUUCUUCCGCUCUCGACGGCCCUCCGCACAACCCCAGAGCACUCUCAAGACAGAAACUCCCAAAGUGGCCAGCAACGAGACAGUCCUAGAACGAGACGAUUCCGACUCAGACAUGCCGACCAUCCCCGACCUAGGCGAGGUGGAUCAUGAGGAUCUCACCGAUCAGAUUGCUCAGGCACCCAGUGCACCCAUAGGCCAGAUGGAUGCCUUCCGGCACCUUGACAGCGAGCUCCUCAAGCAGGCAGCCUUCGCGACGCUCGACGGCUGCGAUCUGCGGCUCCUCGCCAAGCAUUUGUCUCCCGAAGAAGACCUCCGAGAGCCGGACGUGGCUUGGACCUGGGACGUCCUGUUCACGGAGGUCGCCGCCGAAAUCAACAAGGGCAACGAGUCGGAGAGCGAAGACCACUGAGCUCGCUCCCACUUUAUUCCCAGAAUACCUGCUCGCGUCUCGAGACCAGAAGGAUGGACUGUGCUGCGGCACGGACCAAUAAUAAAGAAGCAAAUGGAUGUAA